CUUGUCCUGGGAUUGUCUGUGCGAAGUGUCUUGGGAAGCUUAAAUGCCGACGCAGAUGUUGAUGGGCUGCUCAGCUGUCCGCUGAUGAAAAGGAGGUUAUUUUCUUCCCGCGCAAAACAGCAAAAAUGGUCGGAAUCCCGCUUUCCGGCACCCCUUUUUUCUGUGCAAAAUCCCACCCGCCAACUCAGUUGGCCAUCAGAAGUGGACGAAGCAGGACUUGAGCAGUUCUUCAAAAAUUCCCCAGUGACUAAUUAACUGUACUGCGAAGCGCCCCAAAAUCACAGAAACCCUCUGAAAUGGACAAGGAGAACAUUACUGAAAGGAUGGAGGCUGCAAAUUUGAGGAGUCCCCGAAAGGCGCUGUCGGAGACUUCCGCCAACAUUACAAAGGCUGACGACGUCAUAAAGGCGGAACUGAAGGUGGCCAAGAGCCCCAAAUUCGACCCGGAGCUCGAGCCGCUGCUGCGUGAGAAUCCGCGGAGGUUCGUGGUGUUCCCCAUUCAGUAUCAUGACAUCUGGGAGAUGUACAAGAAGGCGGAGGCGUCCUUCUGGACGGUGGAGGAAGUGGAUCUCUCACGUGACACCGAUCACUGGAACGCCCUCAAGGACUGCGAGCGGAAGUUCAUCUCCCACGUGUUGGCCUUCUUCGCGGCCUCCGAUGGGAUUGUGAAUGAGAAUCUGGUGGAGCGAUUCAGUCAGGAGGUGCAAAUCACCGAGGCGCGAUUCUUUUACGGCUUCCAGAUUGCCAUGGAGAAUGUGCACAGCGAGAUGUACAGCCUCCUCAUUGACACGUACAUCCGCGAUCCGCAGGAGAAGGAGUUCCUGUUCAACGCCAUCGAGACGCUGCCGUGCGUGAAGAAGAAGGCCGACUGGGCGCUCCAGUGGAUCGCCAGCCAGGAGGCAAACUUCGGGGAGCGCGUGAUCGCCUUCGCGGCGGUGGAGGGCAUUUUCUUCAGCGGCAGCUUUGCCUCCAUCUUCUGGCUGAAGUCACGCGGCAUCAUGCCGGGCCUCACAUUCUCCAAUGAGCUCAUCUCACGCGACGAGGGACUCCACUGCGACUUCGCCUGCCUCAUGUUCAAGCACCUGGUGCAGAAGCCCAGCAAGGAGCGCGUCAUCGAGAUCAUCCGCGAGGCCGUCACCAUUGAGCAGGAGUUCCUCACGGACGCCCUGCCCGUGGACAUGCUGGGCAUGAAUUGUCAACUCAUGUCGCAGUACAUUGAGUUCGUGGCCGAUCGGCUGCUGCUGGAGCUGGGCGUGCCGAAGAUCUACAACUCCAAGAAUCCCUUCAGCUUCAUGGAGUUCAUCUCGCUGGAGGGCAAGACGAACUUCUUCGAGAAGAAAGUGGGCGAGUACCAGAAGGCGGGCGUCAUGGCGGACCGCAUGGACAAUGUCUUCACAAUGGACGCAGAUUUCUGAGCAGUGAUUUCUUUUUUACAUAAAUCCCUACGUGUAAGAUUCCUCCUUUUUUCAUCUAUUAUUAUCAUUAAUAUUAUCAUUCAGCGUGCGAUACACGCAUUUUGUGCAUUCAUUACUACUGUAGAAGUGGUGUUAGAAAUAAAAUUGACGAGAUGAA